AUGCGUUCCAUUCUACCUCUUCUUCCCUUGUUGGGAAGUGCUGCCGCUCAGGCAUUCCCUCCCGCGCCGAAAGGGACAACAGUCGUUCGAUCGGAACUGUUUGAGGGAGCCGAAGUAUCUUUCAAAAAGACAAGUAUUUGCGAGACUACAGAAGGAGUCAACUCGUAUUCCGGAUACGUCAAAAUACCCAAGGAGCUUCUUCAUCCUAUUGCGAAUGAAUGGGAGGAUGGAGCUGCAGCUCACAUGUUUUUCUGGUAUUUUGAGGCCCGAAAUGACCCUGAGAACGCACCAACGUCCAUCUACCUCGGAGGCGGCCCCGGAACAACCUCCUUUGAUGGAAUGUCCGACUUCCCAUGCCGUUUCAACCCCGAUGCCAACUCGACCACUUUGAACAAGUUCUCAUGGAACAACCAUGUCAACAUGUUGUACAUUGAUCAGCCUCUUGACACUGGCUUCUCAUAUGUAUCGCUGGCCAACGGGGUGAGCAACCUUCUCACCAAGCAAUUCACGCCAUUGAAGGAAGGUGACUCUCUGCCAGAGCUCAAUGCCACGUUCCGACAGGCUACUUUCAAUGAAGGAAAGCCUGAGAUGAUUAUCAACAACACUGCCAGUGCUGCCAGAACCCUCUGGGCAUUUUCUCAAGUGUGGAUGAAUGACUUCCCGAAACAACGAACAAACAAUGAUGAGCUCUCUCUCUGGGCUGUAUCAUACGGUGGAUUCUACGGACCAGGCACAUUCGAAUACUUCCAAGAUCAAAACAACCUCAUCAGAAACAACGAAACAGGCGCACUCGCUAACGCCACUCCCCUCAACCUAGCUACUCUUGGUCUUGCAGACGCUUGUAUCGACACUCGCGCUAUGGCAAUGGGCUACCCGACCUUUGCCUACAACAACACCUUCGGGCUUCAGGUCUAUCCUGAAGAAGUCUACGAAAAAGCUAUGGCUGCCAUUGUUGAACCUGGAAAAGGAUGCUACGCUCUGAUUGAUCAAUGCAGAAAGCUUGCCGAGCAAGGUGACCCCCUUAGCUAUGGAUCCAAUAACACAGUCAAUGAGGCAUGUGUGGCUGCGUCAAAGACUUGUUUCUUUGGUAUUCAAGCUGCUUAUUCACAGGCAGGCGAUCGAUCUCCUUUUGAUGUCACGCAUUCCAAUAUUACCAUCUUCCCUAAACCUUACCAAGAUGCGUUUUUCAAUAAUCGAUGGGUGCAAGAGGAACUUGGUGUGCCGUUGAACUUUACGAUUAGUUCGGCAAAGACAAAUCUGGCAUUCAUGUUGCAGACUGGUGAUCCUAUGAGAAGAUCACUGCAUUCUCUUGAAAGAGUGAUGGAGAGUGGUGUCAAUGUUGCUAUGAUUUAUGGAGAUAGAGACUAUCGAUGCAACUGGUUCGGAGGUGAAAAUGUCAGUCUUUCUCUGGACUUUUCCUCCGCUAAUGGAUUCCGCUCCGCCGGAUACGAACCUAUCACGACAAACUGCUCCUACCAAGGUGGUUUUGUUCGAGAACACGGUCCACUUUCCUUUUCUCGCAUUUUCCAAGCUGGCCACGGUGUAGGUGGUUAUCAACCUGAGACUCUGUCCAAACUAUUCGAUCGUGUCAUGUUUGGGAAGGAUGUGGCUACAGGCAAGGUGACUCUCGCAGAAGUGGAAGGGGGUUACUCGACAAAGGGACCAGAUCAGGUGAGGGAUGUGAAGAAUGAAGUGCCUGAGCCAGUGAAGAAUGCUUGUUAUUUGAUGCAAGCGCCUACUUCAUGUACAAAGGAGCAAUUGGCGGCAUUGGCGAAUGGCAGUGCUUUGAUUGAGGAUUAUGUUGUUGUGAAGCCGGAUGGUGUUGCUCCUGCUCCCUUGUAA